CUACGCACGCCAUAGUGUAUACUCAACCUGCGUGGCAAAACUUCGUCAAGGUUCUGUUGCCAGAUAUGCCGUAACGAUUACAUACGAUCAGCGGUGCACGUGAUCGAAAGCGUGCAAGCCCGAGAAUUGGAUGACAUCUCAAAAUAAGUCCACAUUAUCCCUAUAGAUCACUCAACUCUGCUGCAUUGUUGUUUAUUCAUCAUUGCAAUUAUGUCCAGGCUUGCUCGUGUUUAACGCUCUUCGUAUCAGCGCUGAAACAUGUCGUCCAAAGCGCCGCUCGUCGACCGGGCAGAGGUCAAAUCUGCCUCCUUACACAAUGCACGACCUCUGAUCCUCCACACAUACGUCUGGCCUUUUGUCAUCAUCUGGCCCAUAUUUUUCAGCUUCUACCUGUCGCCCACAAGCUACAAGAAGUACAUCAACGGCCAGGAGUGGACUUUUGUCUAUUCUGGUAGUAUUGUCACCCUGCAAAGUCUGAUUUGGCUGUCGACCUUCUGGAACGUUAACCUACGCGCCUGGUUCACCUCGACUACUGCGAGGGAUGUUCGCAAUGCCGGCCUCAUCAAGGUCAUCCCGGGUGCAAAUGCGGGAUCUAGCGAGAUUUGUCAGAUUAAGAGAGAAGUCACAGGCGGGAAAGAGAGCGUAUCAUUCUUGUUCCAGAAGAGAAAGUUCUUGUACGACGAGGCGAAGGGCUCCUUUGCGCCUCUCAUCUACAACGUGGACCGCGAGCCGAAGCCUUUAAUUGAGUCGUUUCAGAGCUCAAGGGGAUUAGAGAAGAAGGUGGAGAUCGAUCGACUCAAACAGUACUACGGAUUGAACAUCUUCGAUAUCCCUGUUCCUACAUUCACCGAGCUUUUCAAGGAGCACGCUGUAGCGCCAUUCUUCGUCUUUCAGAUCUUCUGCGUCGGUCUCUGGAUGCUGGACGAGUACUGGUACUACUCGCUUUUCACUGGCUUCAUGCUGAUCAUGUUUGAAUCCACCGUGGUGUGGCAGCGCCAGAGGACACUAACUGAGUUCCGCGGUAUGAGCAUCAAACCCUACGACAUGUGGGUAUACCGAGAGAAGAGAUGGACAGAAUUGCGUAGCGAUGAAUUACUUCCAGGCGAUCUGGUAUCUGUCGGCCGAACAAAGGAAGAUAGCGGUGUUGCUUGCGACAUGCUUUUGGUCGAGGGCACGGCUAUCGUCAACGAAGCGAUGCUUUCGGGCGAGAGCACUCCCGUGCUCAAGGACUCCAUCCAGUUGCGACCCCGCAACGCACAUCUUGAACCUGAAGGACUGGACAAAAACGCUUUCCUUUGGGGCGGGACAAAGGUCCUGCAGGUACAACACGCAACCGGAACGGAAAACUCGUCAGAACCAGCUCCACAGGUCGCGUUGGGUAUCCCUUCGGCGCCAGACAACGGUGCUCUCGCGAUUGUGAUCAAGACCGGAUUCGAGACCAAUCAAGGCGCUCUUGUACGCACUAUGAUCUAUUCGACUGAGCGCGUGAGCGCCAACAACGUUGAGGCUUUGCUGUUCAUUCUCUUCCUCUGUAUCUUCGCAAUCGCUGCCUCUUGGUAUGUCUGGGAGGAAGGAGUGAAGCAGGACCGCAAGCGAUCGAAGCUACUUCUCGAUUGCGUGCUCAUCAUCACAUCCGUUGUGCCACCGGAACUCCCGAUGGAACUGAGCCUUGCCGUCAACACCAGUCUUGCUGCCUUGAGCAAAUAUGCGAUUUUCUGCACUGAGCCCUUCCGAAUUCCGUUCGCUGGUCGCGUGGACAUUGCCUGUUUCGACAAGACUGGUACGCUGACUGGCGAGGACCUCGUCGUUGAUGGCAUCGCUGGUCUGUCCCUCGGCAAAUCUGGAGCCCGUGCCGAGGAGGACGGAGCACAAAGUCAGCUUACGAAAGCCUCCGAGACCGGCCUCUACACUGCUCUGACUCUGGCGACGGCACACGCUCUCGUGAAGUUAGAGGACGGCGACGUGGUCGGAGAACCCAUGGAGAAGGCUACUCUGGAGGCACUCGGCUGGGCGCUCGGUAAGAAUGACACUCUGUCUUCUAAAGCCGGAGCUGUGGCAAAGGGCGGUCCACUGGACAUUGUUCAAAUCAAACGCCGAUUCCAGUUCUCUUCGGCGUUGAAGAGGCAAAGUUCCGUCGCCACUGCUGUCACCACUGAUCGCGAAACUGGCAAGAAAGCCAAGGGCACAUUUGUCGGCGCCAAAGGAGCACCAGAGACCAUUCGCAACAUGCUUACCGACGUGCCACCUAAAUACGAGGAGACAUACAAGUAUUUCAGCCGCAAUGGCGCCCGUGUCUUAGCUCUCGGAUACAAGCAUCUUUCGACCAACGAUGAGUUGUCCCAGAAGCGGAUCAACGACCUCACGCGCGAGGAAGUCGAAUGCGAUCUGAUCUUCGCAGGUUUCCUCAUUCUACAGUGUCCGCUUAAGGAUGAUGCUAUCAAAGCAGUCCGCAUGUUGAACGAGAGCAGCCAUCGAUGUGUCAUGAUCACUGGUGACAACCCUCUCACAGCUGUCCACGUCGCUCGCCGGGUAGAAAUCGUUGAUCGAGAUGUACUUAUCCUCGAUGCGCCAGAGAACGACGAUAGUGGCGAGAAGCUGGUUUGGCGGAGCGUGGAUGAUAAGAUUAACAUACCGGUUGACCCUACUAAAGCCCUUGACGCUAACAUCCUUGCGGAGAAGGACCUGUGCGUUACAGGCUAUGGACUCGCAAAGUUCAAGAAUCAGGCCGCUCUGCCUUCGCUCCUUCGCCACACCUGGGUCUACGCUCGUGUGUCACCCAAGCAAAAGGAAGAAAUCCUUGUCGGUCUCAAAGAUCAAGGUUAUACCACCCUCAUGGCCGGAGACGGUACCAACGAUGUCGGUGCUUUGAAGCAAGCCCAUGUUGGUGUUGCACUGCUCAAUGGUAGCAAGGAAGACAUGGACAAAAUUGCCAAGCAUUUCCGCGAGACCAGGCUGAAGGAAAUUUACGAGAAGCAGUGUGAGAUGAUGAAGCGAUUCAACCAACCAACGCCGCCGGUACCUGCUCAGAUCGCGCACCUCUUCCCAGCGGGACCGACAAACCCGCACUACGAGAAAGCCAUGGAACGAGAGGGCCAAUUGAAAGCUCAGGCAGGCCAAGCCGACGGUGCAACGCCCAGUGCUGCCCUCGUGGUCAAGGAAACCUCAUCUAACCAGGAUGCCGCCGUGAAAUCUCCUCAGGAUCAGCGCAAGGAAAAGGCUCAGAACGCAGCAGCUGCAAUGGCAGAGAAAUUGUCCAUGUCAAUGCUGGAGGAGCAAUUGAAUGAUGACGAGCCACCGAGUAUCAAGCUCGGCGACGCGUCAGUCGCUGCACCUUUCACAAGCAAACUUGCCAACGUCAUCGCUAUUCCUAACAUCAUCCGCCAAGGAAGAUGCACACUCGUUGCCACCAUUCAGAUGUACAAGAUCCUGGCAUUGAAUUGCUUGAUCAGUGCCUACAGUCUAAGUGUUCUAUAUCUGGACGGAAUCAAAUUCGGUGAUGGACAAGUGACAAUCAGUGGAAUGCUUAUGAGCGUUUGUUUCCUGAGCAUUUCCCGUGCUAAGUCCGUCGAGCAACUUUCCAAGGAACGCCCCCAAAACAAUAUCUGGAAUUGGUACAUCAUCCCAUCUGUGCUGGGUCAAUUUGCCGUCCAUAUCGCCACUCUCGUGUAUAUCUCCAACUUUGUGCACAAGUUCGAACCGCGAAAAGACCGGUCUUUGAUCAAUCUUGAGGGAGAGUUCGAGCCGUCUCUGCUGAACUCCGCCAUCUACCUUCUCCAGCUCAUCCAACAGAUUUCCACUUUUGCAAUCAACUACCAGGGUCGACCUUUCCGCGAAUCUAUCAAGGAGAACAAAGGAAUGUAUUGGGGAAUCGUGCUGGUCACCAGCGUAGCUUUCUCUUGCGCCACCGAGUUCAUUCCCGAGAUCAACGAGCGACUCAAGCUUGUCCCCUUCACCACCGAAUUCAAGAUCACAAUGACCAUCGUCAUGAUUCUGGACUAUGCUGGCUGCUGGGUUAUUGAAAAGACCCUCAAGACCCUAUUUUCGGACUUCAAACCUAAGGAUAUCGCCGUCCGUCGACCGGAUCAGCUCAUUCGGGAGGCGCGCAGAUUGAAAGAAGAGAAUGAAAAGGCCGAGGCUGAAAAGGCAGCCAAGGGAGUCAAGGCCGUGAAAGUUUAAUUUCGAAACUAUAGAUUUCUGCCUGUAAUAACAAUUAGAUCUGGUC